AUGCCGCGAUCAUCGGUUGAUGAGAACAUGCUCCACGUGGAUUGGAAUGAAGAGGCAGCUCGCAUUCGAGCUAUGGAAAAUCGCACUGGAUCGGUUGGAGACUGUACCAAACUUGCAAGUUAUCGUUCGAAUAAACCUGGGUUUUUCCGGAGAAGAUCUACAAGACGUCGCAUUUCUAACGCACAACGUCUAGCAGACCUUGGAGAUUUUAUCAAUACCAGAUCUUCUCCCGUAAAUUGUAGCUUUCCGAAAUCACGGAAAUUGUGA